CAUGCAUACCUGUGAGCAGGCCAAGCCCUGCUAAAGUUGACGGUUUACUAGCGACAUUUAUAACUCCCAUUCUUUAUUUACGAGGUUGCAUUUCGAAGAAUGUCGGUAGAGGUCGGCAUAAAAUGGAGCGGCAAGGAGUUUGUCAUUUCGCUGGAGCCCACGGACACGGUCGCGACCCUGAAGCACAGGCUGGAGGGCGAGACGAAUGUGCUCGCUAAACGGCAAAAGAUUCUGGGCCUGAAGACCAAGGACGGCAAGGCCGCGGGUGACGAGGCGCCGGUGGGCGAGCUGGCGAUCAAGCCCAAUGUCAAACUCAUGAUGAUGGGGACGCCUGAAGCGGCCAUUGAGGCUGUGGCGAAGGAGGAGGAGGCCGCCCCCGAGGUGCAGAAUGAUUUCGACAUUGGUGCGGACGAGCAGAUGGCGGACAUCGCCGUACGCGACCGGCCGGAGGUGCAGGAGAAGCUGGCGCGCCGCAUCAAGAGCGUGGAGGUGAAGAUUCUGGCGCCGCCCCGCCCCGGCAAGAAAUGCCUGGUCAUUGACAUUGACUACACCAUCUUUGACCUGGGGUCGACAGCCGAGCGGCCCGAGGAGCUGGCGCGGCCCUACCUGCACGAGUUCCUGACCUCCGCCUACCUGGACUACGACAUCAUCAUCUGGUCUGCCACCAGCAAGAAGUGGGUGGAGGUCAAGAUGAAGGAGCUGGGUGUGCUUGGCCACCCCGCCUACUCCAUCACCUGCCUGCUGGACCACACCGCCAUGGUCACCGUACACACAGACAAGUACGGCGUGUUCGACUGCAAGCCGCUGCAGUUUGUGUGGGAGAAGUUCCCGGGGCAGUACACGCCCGAUAACACCAUCAUGCUGGAUGACCUCAAGCGCAACUACAUAAUGAACCCGCAGCAAGGCACUGGUGAUCCGGCCCUUCCGCAAGGCCCACCUGACGCGCGGCAGUGACCGCGAGCUAGUUGGCCUCACACACUACCUGGCUGCCAUCGCGCACCUGGACAGUCUGGCAGCGCUGGACCACAACCGCUGGGAGCGCUACCUGGAGAAGCAGGCGCGCAGGGGCGGAGCAGGGGGAGCGGCUGGGGGGCAGUAGCAGGGGCCGGAGCGGUAGGGGGUGGGGGGCAAGGGGAUGGGAGGGCAGGGGAUGGGGGCGGCAGGGGGACAGUAGGAGCUUAGGUGAAGGUGAAGCAGGCGCGGGGAUGGGGGAGGAUGAAGCGUGGAGAGGUAGGUGGUGGUGGUGGUGGAGGUGGAAGCAGGGAUGGUAGGGCCAGAGUGCCGUGUGAGUGGAGCACGACAGCAAUGAGGACAGGCAGGAGGGGGACACGGCGGCGCACUGCGGCGGCGGCCCCUGUGGCCUGAGCAGCAACCCGUCCGAUGAAGCGGGCAGGAGUGCAGGAGUGCCAGUGCCGCAGCAGGGAAGUGGUACCGGUGGCGAGGGCGGCAGCGGCAGCAGGGAUUGUGAUAAAGAAAACGAAAGCCCGCCCAACUCCCAAGCAGGGAGCGUGUGUGUGUGGCGGGGCGGGGCGGGGCGGCUGUGGCCUGCAGCGGCGGCUGUCGUAGCCUUGGAGGCGUGCGGGCGAUUUAUGUGAGGAUUGUGAGGUGGCCGUCACACGCCUUCAUGGUGCCUGUGGGCCCGGAGAGCUGCAUGCUUUGGCUGAUGGCAGCCUCCCAGUCAGACAUGGCGCCGCCGUUGGCGCCAUACCUUUGCGUUGUGGGAAAGGAUUGGAAU